CGCAGCAUGCAUUUUAUUAAACAGACGUCAUAACAAAAUCGUAGGGUUCAAUUGACUUUGUAGGCCAAUCCCUCGAGAAAUAUGACAAAUAAAAGCCAUGAAAGCAUAACCAGAAAAUAAUCUUCACAACACAACAACUGUAAAGUAUUUCAAUAUCUGGGCAGAAUGUUGUCAUCCCAAAGGCAAGAUGAGGUGGAGAGUCAGCCAUUCUUCAAACCCACAACCCAGAACCAAAAUGCAUCAAACAGUUUUUUUAUAUUUGGUGAUAAAGAAACAUCAAGAAGUACUGCUACCUCAAUAUUUCAGGACUCCAGCCCUCAACCACAACAAAUAAGUACAGCUAGGCCAUCUUUAUUGAUUACACCAAGUUUAUGCCCUUCAGCCGCAACUGUAUCAAAUAUGCAGGAGCGCCAGUACCAGCAGCAACAAAUGCAGAAGCAGCAGGAGCCAUCAGACUUGUUGGAUAGCUCUGACCGCCUCAGCAAGCUGCAUACACGCCUUCACAAAGAGGCUGACAAGAUCAGGAGUUGGAAAGUCCAAACUGAGAUGGAUCUAAAACAAAGGGAGAGAAAGCUUCAGGAUGCACAGAUUACAAUAGAGUCACAGAAAAAGUCAAUCCUUGAAUUACAGCUCCAAAAUGAAAAUCUCAGCAGAAAAUUGAAAGAAGAAAUGGACAACCGAACAGAUAUUUCUGAAAGGAUUGAGUCAACUAGAGAUAUGUGCAACUUGCUAAAAGACUAUACUACCAAACUGCAAGACAGAAUGGCAAUGUGUGAAAGUGACCGAGAUGAGCUCAAAACAAUGGAAAAACAGAAUAUAGAGGAUUUGGAGGAAUUAGGAGUUAUGUUCAAGGAUCUAAGUCUGCUUCAUACGAACAAGGUGAAUGACCUGAUGUUGGCAUUGAACAAUGAAAAAGACUCCAGUCUGAAGAACAGUGAGCAACUAAUAAGCCAAACGAGGGAAAUUCAGCUGAAGCUUAAAGAUCUUGAAAGACAACUGGAUGAGAAAGAAGUCAGCAUACAGCAAAUGCUUGUCAAGAAACAGGAAAUAGAACAACAUUUGGCUGAACUCGAAAAGGAAAACUCAUCCCUUCAGAAGACUUUGGCAGAGGCAGUUGAUAAAGUCCAAACUCAAGCUGAAGUUUUGGAGCAGUCAGACAAACAGAUAACAGAUCUGAAUCAUAGGCAAGAAGAAUUGAUCAGUGAAAAGGUCCAGCUCCAGGAGGACCUCCAAAGCCACAGCAAUCAUAUUGAGGAACUCGAGCAGAAUGUCCAGAGCUUGACAGAAUGCAUUGAGAAACUUACCAGUGAAAAGGACACGUUGUUCUUAGAGACACAAACACUCAGGGAAAAUCUGGCGAUCAAAUUGGGAGAAAUUGAUGGCUUGAAAGAUGAACUCAAAGUUGUACUAGAAAGAGAGCAAGCAUCCUGUGAAAAGGUGGACUCCAUCAAGCAACAGAAUCAGGCUGAACGAGAAGAAAAUGUGAAACUUUCUGAGUCCCUCAAGACCGCAGAAGCUGAGAGCAAAUCUUUGGAGGGUAAGCUGUUGAUCAAGGAGGAGCAGAUGCAGGAGCUUAGGAAAAAUCUUGAGACUCUGCAAGAAACAGCUAAAGAGGGAAAGACAAUGCUGGAGGCUUCUGGUCAGAAAACCAAAGAUCUUGAAGAAGAGAUUAACAUUCUUAGAGAAACACACACAGAGCGAGAACUGAACACAGCCCAAGAACUACAUGAAGUAAAAAUCAAAAAUGAGAAUUUGAACAGGGAAUUAGAAGCCAUCAGCAACCAAUCAAUUUCCCUCGAGAGCAAGAACAAGUCUCUUCAUGGCCAAGUGACUUCCAAAACAAAACAAGUGAAAGACCUUCAGCAAGAGUUGAAGACACUGAAGGGAAAGUUGACAGCACAGACCAAGCUUGCCACUGCUGCAGAAGAAAAGUUCAGCUCAGUGUCCAAAGAACUUGAAGACACCAAAAGUGCACUUGAAGAGAUGAAAGCCAAGUUACAUUCAGCGACAGAAGACAUGGAGCAUGAGAAGGAUGUACUUAAAGAUCUUAGAACUAAGCUUCUCAAGAAAGAGCAAGAAGUGGAAGAGAAAAUUGACAUCGUAGAGAAUCUUGAGGACCAAGCUGUCAGUUUGCGCCAGAAGACAGAAGCAGCUGUUAAGGAACACACAGAUGCUAAGCAGGCCUGUGAACUUCAGAUGGCCGAAGUCAGUGCAACACUGGACAAGUAUAAGGCAGAGAAUGAGAGGAUGGUUGCCCAAAAGGAGAAGGAGAUUGAUCAGUUAAAGAAGGAAAUGGAACAACAAAAAUACAAGAAGAAGUUGGAGGAAGAUCAAAUCAGUCAGAUGAAGAAAGAUUUACAAGGACUGAAACACCAGUUGGCUGAGGUUCAGGCUGAAAGAGAUGAAGCAAAGAAGCAAGUCAGCAAUCAGGAGGAAAACAUACACAGCUUGAAGGAAAAACUCAAAGGAAAGGAGGACGAGCUGAACCAGCUUCUGACUACUGCUGAGUCCUUGGGAGAGCCUAUGGCUGGCAUCAGUCCCAUUGCUCCAAAACAGAUCACCUCACUUCCAAAGCAUUCCACUCCCAAACCUACACCCAAGCAGGUUGCACCACAAACUCCUACGUCUCUAAUGGCAGAGAAACCUUUACCCCUCACCCCAUGUAAAAGCAAGAAUCCCAGGCACAGUAUCUUGAAGCAUGCAGUCAGUGCGACCAGGAAGAGGCACGUUGCAUUUGCCUCUGAUGACGAGGACAGCUUCGAUGGGUCUGUCUCUGAUUCCUCCAGCUCCCAGCUUAUGGAGAUUGAGCAAAGUGAGGUAGACCGACGCUUGAACACCACUCCUUGUGCAAGACCCAGCCAGAAAGUCCAGCCUCUUCAUGUUACACCCUCCAAAAGAAACCCAUCCAGUGGCCAGUCGACACCAAAUAUGUCAGCUAAGAUGACCCCACUCAAGCCUGGCUCAGGAGGAAGACAAACUCCAUCCAAAAGCAGGCCUUACCUCAAACCGAAGAAGAUGAAACCUCAAGAGGAAGUCCCAUCUGAGAUGACACAGGCUGAGCUUAUUCGCUUCAAAGAGUUGUACCCUGACGAAACUGCCAUGCAUCCUUCAAACAAAGUUAAGGCAAAGAAGACUCUUCUGACAACAGGUAACACCCGCAAGACUUCCAAUCGCAUUUUCAAGGUGAAAGGACUUCAAGACUCAUUUAAAGGUCACAAGACCAAGUUGAAAGCUGGCAAACCAAAGGAAAAUGACUUGUCUUGGCUUGACAUGGAUGCAGUGUAUGGCUUCUUUGAAUAAAUUCAUUAUUGUUGUCCACAUUUUGGGACAGUGUUACAGUGUAGAAAUUCAAAUUAAUAUAAAAAACAAAUGCCAAAAUGGAAGGCUCAUCUGUAAGUUUAUUUAUUACACCAAACUAAAUUUUGUACGUUAUUUUUAAGAGUUGUAUUUAUUUAAGUGAUAGUCUAAUGCAUAAAAAGCCAGAAGUUGUAUUUUACAUGAAUUUAUGGAUUUAUAACGUCUGUCAAUUAGAGACUGAAGUAUGUUUCUUCAAUGGUUACAUGAAGUUUGUGUUGUAUUUUCUGAUUUUUCAUGGGCUGUAUCCACAGUGGCCUUCUCAUACUGAAAAUGAGAUUUUCACAACCAAGUGAGGCUACUUUACCAUAUUCUGUUUGGGUGCUUUACUCUAUUUUAAACUCGAUUCAAACAUACACACGAUCACUUUAUAAUAAGGCUCUGCACAUUGGUUGCAUGUAAAUUGAAGUUUGUCUCUAGCAUACCAAACUGCAUGCCACAUCACGUGUCUUCCUCAAUUGUUUCAUAUAUAGGCGGCCACAGACAGCUCUUGCAAGGGCCCCCAAAACAGAUUUUAAAUAUAAUUCUUCACCAGCGAAAAUUGCUGUGGCCCAUUACAAUUUUUAACUGUAAGACUGGUUGGUUUGUGCUUAUGCAGGUACACAUACUGUUUCUGAAAGGUGAUUUUAUCAGUUAAAAACUGUUGCCCCAUGAUUUCAUUAUCGUUACAUUUAUUUGUAUUAUUCAUAACGGAGGGCAGUUUUCCUUUUUUUUAGAGCUUUGUUAAAUUUUUUCUCUUUAUUCUGUCCUUAUAGGUCGAAUAAAUAAUAAUCUCCAUACAAAUGGUUAGCAGAGCAAACCAUCAAGGUUUGUAAGGUUCAUGUACAUGGACAUUUACUGCAAUGGAUUCUUAUCAAUGCUUAGCAGAAACUUGUUUAAAAUUAUACUGGCUAUUUGAUUUCUGUUCUUAAAAGUGAAUAGGAUUUUAUGUAAAUAUGUGCCAUCCAAGAGAAUUUUUUUCACUUGAAAGUUAGCAUUUACAUUUUUCUUUUUGUAACUGGACAUGUUCCCUGUGUUUGAUUCCAAGGUUAAAAUAAUACAGUAUCAUUAAAAUGUAUGCACUUUGAAGUGUUUGGCAUUAAUUUUCCAGACUGAACUUGUACCAGAGUUUUACUUGUCACUAAUUAUACAAAUACUUCUGAUUUACAACUGUACAUACAAAUGUACAUCAAUAUCAAUGUCCACUCCAUGCGUGUACAGGUGUAUAGAGUAGUGAAUCAAUAGGUUAAAUACUUACUCAAAUAUCAUCUCAAACACCAAAAAUGAAAUACUAGCAUCAAACAGAAAUACAUGUACUAUGUACACCAAAAUGUUUAUUGAUCUUCUAUGCUGAUGAGGAACAUUUUUAAAAUUUGCAGUAGAAAAGAUAAAGGAUACACAUAUUCCAUGAUUCACUAUCUACUUGGCCAAAAAUAAAAAAAAUUCCAACAUGACCCAAAACUUGCUCCUGCAAAGAAAUACCAACUUUAAAACACCACUUUGCAAACCGUUAUGGACGGAAUGUGACUCCACAGUGCUUUUUAUUUACAAAGAUAAAAAGGAAAACCAGCUCUUCAAGCUUGUGCUUACUGGUUAAAUGGCUGUUCCUAAAUGUGCUUUCAGGUAAAAAGAUUAACUAUAAAAAUGGAUGACAAAUCAAUGCACAAUGCAUAUUUCAUUUUGCAAACAUGCACCUUCUACUAAGGGGUUGGAUUAACUUUCUUGUAUAAAUGUAUUUUUUUAAAGGCGUACAUGUAAAUGAAAAGUUGUGCAAUGAAUUUAUCACUUAUCAAACUUUGCACCAUUCUAAAUUUCCCAAUUCGAAAUAUGUCUGCUAAUUUCUACUAUAUUUUGGACGGAGUCGGCUUUGAGAAUCACAAGAAAAAUAAAAAAGGACAAGACAACAUAUCUAUUUACAAUAUUCACAUCCAGCGAAGAUAUCAUCUGUCCUGAAACAUUCAAAUUUUCAUUCAAUGAUUUAUAGUACGUCCAAUCAUUUCUGUACAAACACCACAAAUGGCACCAAACGGAAGCAUAAAUGUGUCACUUCAUUAAAUCACAUGCAUUUUAAAUUAAUGCUCUCAGUUUUUAUCAGGUAACCUUAUCAGACAUGAUUGUUUUUCUGUUCCAUGGCAAAAAACUGCUUAAAGGUUAUCAAAACCAUAAUU